CUCCGUUGCUUUGAGGUCUUAAAGCUUAGGGAACACGGCAAACUCCCAUUUGUGCCCAUUGGGAGUACGAAUGGCGGUUGGGCCUUUGGCCUAGCCGUCCUUUCUCUGAUGGCCUUAUACUUAUAUGGGACGUUUCAUAGUUCAAAACCUUUGCUUUGCUAUGCCCCAUUUUUCCUGCUGAAGUCGCUUUUUAUUGGAGCCCUAUUCUGGCACUCUUCAACAGGGCUUAGAAUUUCUAUCCCUCGUUUUAGUCCUUCCAAAGCAACGAAGCAGAUGCAGCAUAGUCACCAACGAGGAGGCAGGCAGCCGGUAGCGGGGAUUGAACACUACCAUGGGUUGUGGAGCAUCAGCUGAGAGGGCGCCUUCAGUCCCCGCUGCUGGUAAGGAUGCCGCGGCCAACGAACGGCCGGGUAAACCUGCAGUCGCCGCCAAAACCGCGGAGCCUUUGACUCCUUCUCUCCCGCCGGCCGCGGCCCCUCCUUCAAUCGCACCCCCUCCCGCUCCAUCUCCUUCUACUGAUGCUCCACAGCCAGCACCGAAUCAAGAUGUAAAAACGCCUGACGAAGUGGCUCCCGCUGCGGCAACAACAUCAGCAGCAGGGACGGCUCCUCCUCGUUCCCGUUCGGAGGCAGCGGUUCCAGCUCCUUCCCAGGCCCAGGCCUCAUCCACACCAAAGCGUCCUGGGUCGGCACCCCCUGUUCCCCAGCCUGCUGCUGCUACGCCCGCGCAAUCUGAAGCCAACACGGUGCGGCGCCCGGCGUCUGCGCAUUCCAAGCCGCCCGUGCAAGUUUGAAUGGUUAUGAGACAAGCAUGUAACCCAGGCGCCCAUAGCCUAGGUGUCUUCGUGAUACCCUCAUAACACGCAUCGGUGCACAACCAGUAGUGUAUUGUAGGGCUGUUGCCAUAGAUGCCGUACAUCCCACCUGCGCAGAUAGAUGAUGUUGUGCUCUUUAUCCUGCCGUACACUUCAUGUCGGUUCAUGCCUUUGGGUGCACAUAAGAGUGCUGGAACGGUACUACGCCUGGAAUGUUAUCGACAGCAGCCAUGCUGUUCUGUGCUGUGAAUGAUUCCCAUAGUAUUGGGUUAACCUGUGUUGGCCGCAUGUGCCUCAUGUUAACUUGGGAUUAAUAUGCUUGCAAGAGCUGACUAGUAGCACAGCCUGGUUGGAGUUUUAUUCCUCUCUUUGGGGCUGUACGCAGGCCGGUGGGGUUUACACGGGCAGGAUGGGGUUGCCUGUUUAUGUCUAGUGAGGUGUCGCGGGAUUCGUUGGGCGUCUCCUAGCUUCCUAGCUCCCUGGGGCUAGGGGAAUGCACGAUAUGCGCUUAAGACGGCUGUAGUAUCUACGUGUCGUGCCGAUUCCCGUAUCCCGACGUUGUAUUAAGGGGACGGACCGUGUAUGCAUCUUCCAUGCAUGUGCUAGGGUGUGCCGGGUUAGCUGAGCAUCAACGGAUAGCGACAUAGUAUCGGUACCAUACAGCUCGGUAUGGCGGGUGGGAAUUGCAACCGCAUUGGUAGUUAACGGUUGGAUGUGCAGUUUGACUGGAUGGAUUUGUCACUAGCGACUUAGUGGCAUUGCAUGUCUGUCCUCAAGCCCGCUUGCAAUUCUGGUCAUUUUGCAGGGUGGUGAUAAACACAUGUGCAUGUGUGUCGUAGCAGUCAAGGACGGCUUGUUAAGCUAACUUGGCCUUCUUCCUUUCUUAACUAGGUUUACAUUGGGUUAUCAUGAGGUACCGGUACUCCUUGCGACUUGUGGCUCUGAAAAAGGUAGAUCCAAAUCGCAGACGUCAUUUUGUAUGCAGAUAAUGUAUUUUGCCUCGCACUGCUGCUGGUGGCUGGCGUGGACUGCCGGCCGGCAUGUCGCAUGGGGGACACGGGAAAGUCAUGGUCAGAGUAGGAAGAGCAAUGGCGUUAGGAGGAAGCUCUGCAUGGUCGGGGAUGCAGACGGUUACCUCUGGUGGCGCGAAUAAGUUGCCUCGCGCACCCUUGCCAGGUGCUUCCACGCACGCCACAUAGGCUACAUGACUGUAAGGUCAUGACCGCCGUCCA